ACCAACCAAACAGUUCCUUCGCCGAUUUAAGCCACGUGACUGCCAAUCCGGCCAGGCUCUCCGUGCACUACUUGUCUCCUCCCUCGCUCCGUCCGAUGUGCCUGCUGGCACAGCGCCACCUACCACCCUCAGCUCGACCCAACUCCCUCGUCAGUCGUCGCCCCGCGUCGCGUGGUCCUAAUUUAAGCCACCAACUGCCGAUCAACGGCGCUCGCCCGCCCGCCCGCCCGCCAGCCCGCGCACGCCGCUCGCUCCCCACUCACUGCCAUGGGCCUGGCUCGCCGCGCGACGCUCCCGUCGAUCCCUGCCGCGCUCCUCUGAUAGUCACAGCUAGCCAGGCGGCCCCGCUUGCCGUGUGUCGGGCUCGGCUUGUCCCACGCGCGGGCGCGGAGCGGGUUGUUGGAUCAAGCUGACCAUGGCGUCGGUCAGGUCGUGCGCGUCCGUGAAGUCCGCCGUGAGGAGUCCUGUCAGUUACAGAUCCACGAGGGCCGUGGCGGCCGGCUCGGGAAGGCUGCGCGUACGCUCCUCGUCGCUGCAGGCGCUCGCCGGCUGCGCCAGCGGCGGCGGCGGCUUCGGCUUGCUCGGCAGCGAUGAUGGGCCGAGGGUCAGGCGGGGCGGGCGGGAGGUCCUCGCCACGUGCAGCGCGAGCUUCGACGGGGUCCGCCCCGCCGUCGUGGCGGGCGCCGCCGCUCAGCCCGGGUCGGCGGCGUUCCCCGAGCGGGCCAAGGUGGUGGCGCUGGUGGCCACCAUCAUGCUGCUCUGCAACGCCGACCGGGUCGUCAUGUCCGUCGCCGUCGUGCCGCUCGCCGCCCAGCACGGAUGGUCCAGCUCCUUCGUCGGCAUCGUCCAGUCAUCGUUCUUAUGGGGAUAUGUUUUCUCAUCCAUGGUUGGAGGAGCUUUGGCAGACAGAUAUGGCGGGAAGAAGGUGAUGGCAGGUGCUGCUGCGCUAUGGUCCUUGGCUACAAUCCUCACUCCGUGGGCAGCCUCUCGCUCCACCAUCAUGUUGCUUGCUGUACGUGCACUAUUUGGCCUCGCGGAAGGUGUUGCAUUUCCGACGAUGAGCACCUUCUUACCGAAGUGGUUCCCAACACAUGAGCGUGCUACUGCCGUUGGCAUUUCCAUGGGUGGAUUCCAUCUUGGAAAUGUCAUAAGCUUCCUAGCAACACCAAUCAUCAUGUCACACAUAGGCCUCUCGGGAACAUUUGCCUUCUUCGCAUCGCUUGGUUAUUUGUGGAUCUCUGUAUGGAUGAUGAACGUAGAAAGUGACCCACUUGACAGCCAUACUAUAAGCAAGUCUGAGUUGCAAUUAAUUCUAGCUGGAAGAGCUGGAUCUAAAGUCCAAGGCAGUAAUAAAUUCCCAUCCCUUAGGGAAUUGUUCUCAAGGACUGAAUUCUUGGCUGUCACUUUGGCCAAUGUGGUCAACAACUGGGGCUAUUUUGUCCUAUUGUCGUGGAUGCCUGUGUACUUCAAAACGGUUUAUAACGUCAAUCUGAAACAAGCAGCGUGGUUCAGCGCCAUACCUUGGGCAGUCAUGGCUAUGUCCGGCUAUGUUGCAGGAGCCUCUGCAGAUUUCCUGAUCAAAUCUGGUUUCCCCAUAGGACUAGUUCGGAAAAUUAUGCAGUCCAUUGGUUUUAUGGGGCCUUGCGUGGCAUUGCUAUGCUUAAGGUUUGCCCAAACUCCAUCAGUUGCUGCAGUUCUCAUGACCAUUGCCCUGAGCUUGAGUUCUUUCAGCCAAGCCGGAUACUUUUGCAAUAUACAGGACAUUGCUCCCAAAUACGCUGGAUCUUUGCAUGGGAUGACGAACGGCAUAGGGACGGUGGCCGCCAUAGUUAGUACCAUCGGGACCGGCUACUUCGUCCAGUGGCUAGGGUCCUUCCAGGCAUUCCUCACCCUCACGGCUGCGCUCUACUUCAGCGCCACCGUCUUCUACAACGUCUACGCAACCGGAGACCUGAUUUUUGACUGAGACAAGACAUGCUAAUGCUAGGAUUCUUUCGUGUAGACGCAGAAUCCCAAAGUGUACCAAUAUUUAUUAUUUAUUUGUACCUCCCAAGGAUGGAAUAAAAUAGAGGCUGAUUGUUUGCCAAGCUU